UAGGCCUAAAUGUAGUUUUAAGAUGUAAAGUAUGGUACUGUCAUUUGAAUAACUGUUAAUGUGGAAUACUAAAGGAAUUAUCCAAUAAUUCUGUAAUUUGCAUAACUUAGUUGUACAAUAUCCUGGAAUUUUUGCAGUGCAACCAUGUCCUUUUCCAAGAAAGUGGCGUCUAAAAAGCCAACAAUGUUUCGUGGCAUUGUUGUACCAGAAUUCAAAGACGAUGGUGAACGUAAUGGAAUAUUAAAAAGACUUGAAAUGGGGAAUGUUAUGAAAAAAUUUUCUGGUACUACAAAAAAGGGAAAAAGUGAAGAACGUACUUUUCAAGUUAAUCUUAGUACGCGGCAACUAAUGUGGAUUAAACAGCAGUCUCUCGUAGAUGGAUCAAUUGAUAUUCGAGAGAUCAAAGAAAUCAGACAAGGAAAAGAAUCUGUCGAUUUUGAACGACUUCAAGAUGAAUCUCGUCGUAUAGAUCCAACAUUGUGUUUUACUGUUUUGUAUGGACAAGAAUUUAAUUUGAAAAUAAUGUCGAUUGCAGCACAAAAUCCAGAUGACAUUGAUGUUUGGAUGAGAGGACUGAGUUACUUGGUUAUGGAUACUCUGCAAUCAUCCUAUUGUUUACAAAUAAGAAGAUGGCUUCGAAAUGAGUACGAUAGGAUUUCAAAAAAGGAAUCGAUAAGUCUUCAGGCAACAAGAACAUGGCUGCCAAACAUAAAUGCAAAACCUCCUGCUACAAAAGUUCUGAAGGAAUUAUUUCAAGAAGUUGAUUCUCGAAGUAAGGAUCUUGUUGGAUUUGACAAGUUUCUUCAGUUUUAUUACAUGAUGAUGCUUCGAGGUCAAGCAGAUGUGUCUGCCUAUGUCUUAGAAUUCUCUUCUGACAAAAUAAGAUUCAAUCCUCAUGAUUUCCAAAGGUUUCUUCUGAAAGAACAAAAAGAAACGUGGGCAAAAGAUUUAGCAGAAGUUAAGAAGUUUAUGAGGAACUAUUUUGGUGAAUCGCAAGACUUCGAUAAAUCUGAGAUGGUGGCAUAUUUAUUUAGUAAAGAAAAUUCACUUUGGGAUGAGAAUAAAUUACAGCUUGAUGAGGACAGUUUGGAUAAACCAAUGUCACAGUACUGGAUAUCAUCAUCACACAACACAUACUUGACUGGUGAUCAACUUAAAAGUGAAUCUUCGUGUGAAGCUUAUGCAAGAUGCUUGAGAAUGGGAUGCAGGUGUAUUGAAUUGGAUUGCUGGGACGGUGCUAAUGGAAUGCCAUGUAUCUAUCACGGACAUACAUUGACAACUAAAAUUCAGUUUUGUGAAGUGUUGAAAACAAUAAAGAAACACGCAUUUGUGGUGUCAGACCUGCCUGUGAUAUUAUCAAUUGAAAAUCAUUGUAAACUACCACAGCAAAGACAUAUGGCUACUAUGUUUGUUGAUGUUUUUGGAGAUAUGCUUUUGAAACAACCAAUUGAUAAGGAUGACAAAUGGCUUCCAUCUCCAAAACAAUUGAGGGGUAAAAUUAUUAUCAAGCAUAAGAAACUGGCAGAUGCAAACAGACUCAGUGAAGUUUGGGGUGGUGAUACGGAUUCAGGAAUGGACACUAUGGACAUUAGCAAUUCAAUAAAGAACGGCCUUAUGUAUUUGGAAGAUCCAACUUUCAAGGAAUGGAAUCUUCAUUACUUUGUAUUGACUGAUGAUAAACUGGUGUACACAGAAGAACAACCUAAAACUGCAAAUGUAGAAGAAAAAGUGGAGGAGCAAAUAAAAUUACCAGAGAAGAAUAAUAAUUUGUCAAGUACAGACAAAACGGAACUACAUUACAAUGAAAAAUGGUAUCAUGGGAUGAUUAAACGUGAAACAGCAGAAAAUUUAAUCUUGUCUUAUGGUGGUAGAGAUGGAAGUUUUCUUGUUCGUGAUAGUAGCAAAUUCAAGGGAUGUUACUGUUUGUCAUUCAUGUAUAACAACAGAGUUGAGCACUGUAUCAUCCAUGCACAAAAGAAUGGUAGUUCCACAUUUUAUUAUAUCGUCAAGGAAUUGUUUUUCGACAGUCUUUAUAGCUUGGUUUGGCAUUAUCAACAACAACCAUUGAGAAAUGAGGGAAUGCAUUUUGAGUUGCUGAUGACUGACCCUGUUCCACAACCCAAUGCUCAUGAGAGCAAAGCGUGGUUUUACGAUAAUUUCGACAGGGCAGCUGCUGAAGCAGUUUUAUCUAAAAUUGAUAAAACAGGAGCUUUCCUUGUUAGAAAAUGUAAAUUUGAUGAGCAUCAUUCUGCUUGCUAUGCAAUAUCUUUCAGGGCUGGCGAAAAAAUCAAACACUGUAGAAUCAAACAAGAUGGACGCCUAUAUUAUGUUGGUAAUGCUAUGUUUGAAACACUUUGUGAAGCUAUUGAUUUCUAUGGAGUGAAACCACUGUUCAAAAGAGUCAGUUUGAGACAUCCAGUCACUCCUGAACUUAUCAAUACUCUGCAGGGAUCGACAAAUGUUGUGGAGUCGAUUAAGGUUCGAGCCCUUUAUGAUUAUCAUCCAACUAGAGAAGAUGAAAUUUCUUUUUGUAAAAACGAUAUUAUAACUAACGUCAUAAAAGAGGAUGAAGGAUGGUGGAAAGGUGAUUUUGGAUUUAAGAAACAAGCUUACUUUCCAAGUAAUUAUGUUGAAGAAGUUACUGGGAUUUCACCAAGCGAUACUGGAAGUGCAACAACGGAAAAUUCUGUAAAAUUGCUUGGAGAUUUACAGAAAGGAUCAAUCGACAUAGCAAAUUGUGUCAUGGAGCUGAUGCCUUCAGGUAAAGGACAUCAAAGAAAUUGCUUCAGAGUCAAAUGUGCUAAUGGUUCAAAUAGUGGAAAAUCUUUCGAACUCGCCACAGAAUCAAAAGAUGAGUUAGUGGAUUGGAUGAAUGUGAUUAAAGCAGCAAUUGAUAAGAAAGAGUCUCAGGCCAAAAUGAAAAAGGAUUCAGAAAAGAUCAAACAAAUUGCAGUUGAAUUAUCUGAUUUGAUUGUUUAUUGCCAACCUGUUCAAUUCAACGAAAAUAAAAACAGAGUUACCUGUUCUUCCUCGGAGAUGUCGUCUUUUCCUGAACAGAGGGCUACAGGGUUUUCCUGCAAAGAAAAGGCCGCAAUGUUUAUUUCAUACAACAACAAACAGUUUUCCAGAGUUUAUCCGAAAGGAACAAGAGUGGAUUCAUCAAACUACAAUCCAAUUCCUUUAUGGAAUUGUGGAUCUCAGCUUGUGGCGCUGAACUUUCAGACUUGUGACAGAGCAAUGCAAUUGAAUGAAGCCAGAUUUGAACAGAAUGGUAGAUGUGGUUUUGUACCGAAGCCAAAUUAUUUUCUAGAAAAAGAUUUUAAUCCUUUUCUGAAAAAUACAUCAACUUUCGCUGAUCAUUUAAGAAUUUAUCUUCAAAUUAUUGGUGCAAGGCAUUUGCCGAAAUCUGGCCGAGGACUUGCUUGUCCGUUUGUUGAGAUUGAGAUUAUUGGAUGCGAUUUUGACAAUCAGAAGGUUAAAACACCAAAGAAAGAUGACAAUGGUCUGAAUCCAAUCUUCAAAGAAUCCUAUGAGUUUACAAUUCUUAAUCCUCCUCUUGCUUUCAUGAAAUUCACUGUAUAUGAUCAAGAUAUGUUUGGAGAACCCAAUUUUCUUGCUCAGUCCACAGUUCCAGUACCUUGUAUUAAACCAGGUUUUCGAUCAGUUCCAUUGAAAAAUCUCUACAGUGAAGAAAUUGAACUUGCUUCUUUAUUAGUUCACAUUGAUAUUCUUAACUUGAAGAAAGAGGACGAGGAAAAAUACAAUUACGUUGAAGAACUUCGUAGAACAAGUCGGGAUUAUCAACAAAAGUUAAUGAUGUUGGAUCCGAAAAGCAAACAAUAUGAUCUUAUACAAAGACAAUUAUGUGAGAUUCAAAAACAAAUUUUCACCACGACGGAAAGAAUGAAAGAAAGGAACUUCGAACAAUUCAAGAAAUAAAAUGAUAAUAUCACUCACAACUGAAGAAUAAUUCAACGCAUUCAUUUAAAUUUACUGAAAUUGCUAGUUAUUGCUAGUUCCAAUUUAUUUGCUUAUAGACUUAUCGUACUACAAUCAUUUCAGCUUUGGAUUAAACCAAUCUUAUGUUCAAGUUAAUUCUUUGCCAAGCUUGUUUUCUUUUAGAUUUCACCUUGUUUAUGCUAUUCAUCACUAACCCAUAGUUGGUGUGAUAGUGUACAAUGAAGUACUUAAUUUUCAAUAAAAGUAGAGUAUUAUAAAAGCAAAUCAGUUUGUACUUUUGUCUUGAAAUUAUGUCCACCAAUGUCAUAGGACCUUUUGAGUGGUUGUUUUCUUUUUCGGUUCGUUUUGCACAUUCCACUCAUUUUUGCAAUUUUAUGUACUUAUGAAAUAUGCAUGUAAGGGUUCCAAGAAGACUGCUAUAUCUAAAUUAGUAUGCGGUACUAUCUUAUAUACGUGGUAUGUCAUCGCCACCAUUGUAUUUAGUCCAAAGUAAUUUGUUUUUCUGUGACCGGAUGAGACUGUUCUAUCUUGUAUGAAGUAAUCUUUAAUGUGUUCUGAUCAUAGUAUUCUCACAAAUCAUCUUCAAUUCUUUUUAUUGUUUGGUAUUGUUUAUUGUAUUUCCAAAAUUUAAUUGUAUGCAAUUUGUAUGGUAUUGUGACAUUUUGAAAAAUUUUCUCCAAUUAGUUUGUUUCCAACUCCUCAUCGAGAGAGGGGGGGAGAAUGAUAAAACCACUCGAGCUGUGGAGUUUAAGGCAGUUCAAGUGAAAUGCAAUUGUAAGAAGUACUUGCUAUAUUUAUUCAUUUAUAUCAAUAUAAUAAUAAUAUGGCCUAUAAUAAUGAAGCCGUAAAUUGUGAAAACAACUUCCAAUAAAAUAGUAACCGUAUUGUAUUCAGUGGUAAAUACUUUUCAUAUAUAUUCUUAUUUUGGUUCAGGGAAAUGUCAUGAAAUUUACAUGACCCCUGUAAAAAUGGAAAUUUAUCUGACAUCUUUCCAUAGAGUCUAAUUAAUUAAGCACUCCCAAGUUAUAAUUAUGCACUUAUUGAUUCCUAUAUUUCACUGUUCCAAUUAAACCUCUUCUGACAUAUCUCAUAAUCAAACAACUGUUCUUCAGACAACUUAUUAUCCAACAUAGAUGAUUUAGUCAAAAACUAAUGGUGUUAUCGUUUGAAAACCUCUCCUUUAUACGUCAGGUGUAAUUUUUUUCUUAACAUUCAAAUCUCACAAUCCAUCAUUGCUGUACUAAACCACCACUAACUUCUAAGUUUUGUUUUUCCUAUCUGUUCUAAUUCUUCAUUUAUUGAUUAUUGUUGUUGUUAGCUUUUCUUCACGUUUCAAUUUGUGUUCUUUGUAUUAGGGAAUUGCAGUUUAAUUUAUGCAUGAUACUUUGCAGUAGAUGGCCGUUUAUUCCAAGUUUUUUGUAAACGCUGCUCACCAAACAGAAAAAGUGCACUGCAGUAUGCGCAAUUAUAUUACUUGCUAGAAUGUGUUUGUCAAAUAUGAAAUAACCAUGGUCAUUUGUUAAAGUAUAUCAAAAGUUAUUUGUUAUAAAUUAUGAGCACCAGCACCCAUACCUACGUUCCCAAUUUAGGUGUUCACAAAAUUUGUUGAGUUUGGGGCUGGCUGCUUUCAGCAGAUGGGUUAAAUUUUUCAUCUUCAAAUAAAUACUAUUAUAUAUAGUAGUGGGUGACCCCCAAAUGACAGAGCCAUAAAUUUUUUAAAAACUUCCGCGAAAAUGAAGAACAUGCAAUUAACACUUGAACUUCUGCAUGUGUAUAUUUAUGCCCAAAAGUUCCAGUAAUCUAGGAUUCUUGCGCAAAAGUUAUAUUCUCUCUAUAAAAUGAUCCAGGUUUUGUUUUUGGGUCACCGUGUGAAAAAUUUAUGCCAAUUUUUACAUUCCUAACUUUUAAGGAAAUGGUUUAAAAAAAUAAAGAUUUAUUCUAAACUGCUCGGAAUGAGCAUAAGGUUCAGCAAUUUAUCGAUUAUUUCUUCCAGCUCCAUUUAGCAAAUUCACAAGAAUAUUGGUAAUUGUAAUGGAUUAGUUUCCCCACCUUGAAUUAAAGCUUUGGUAUGCUUAUAUUUGACCAUAAAUGAAAUGGACAACUCUUGUAGUUCUUCAUAAUUUCCAUUGUAGGUAUUCAAGAUUUUCCAAUAUUUACUCGAUAUAGUCCAUAUUUAAGGGAUUUGUACCAAUUUAUAUUUUCAUACCUAUUAUAAGUAGUUUAAUAUGUUAUAAGUAUAGUCAUUAUAAACCACAUCAAAUGAUAUGAAAUUGUAAUUUUGUUUGCUGACUUAUCUCAAAUACGUUUUACAUUUCUAUUCCUGACUCUAUCCUUUUAGAACUUUUCAUAAUUUUGGAGCUGUACAACAUAAAAUGGAAACCUAAGGGACUCUAGAACAUGUGUAGGUCCAGUUUUUCGCUUUCUAUUGUUAAUUGUACUUAGUUUCACAUACCGGCAUUUAUUUUCUUCUGAUAACAAUUUUCCUUUGAUUAAUCCGUCAUUCCGUAUUCAAGCACAGUGUUCGUUUUUUCGUGUUAUUUUCCUAAUUCUAUUACUAUCAUUUAAUUUAUCUUCAUUUUUCUCAGUGUACUUGAUUUUCAUUUAGAAGGAAUUAUGAUGUCAUAUGAUAACAAGUCUUUAAAAGAAGGUUGAAAGAAUUAUUUCCUGAAAUCAAUGAAACUUAUUAUUUCUAUGCAAAAAAAAAAUGUCAUGUCAUGUUGUCCGAGUCAAGUCCACUGUCCUUAUAUUAUGACUAAUUUGAUAUAACUAAUAUUCUUCGACAGCACUCCACUGUCUGCGAUUUUAUGUCUUCUUCAAGUGUGAAUCGGAAUAUCGACUAUUUGGACAUAUGAGUAUAUCUUAAUUGUCCUUUAUAAAUUCUUUUUUACAAGUGUAUGUCCCCAUAUAUCAAUAUAUAGUUUACUUUCUUCUCUGUGAAAAUGAACAAAGCCACUUCCCUAUGAUUAACACUAGUAUGGUCCAUUUAUUAGAUGAAUCUUUGUGAGGUGACAAUUUUGUAUCUAUAGUGUCCAAAUAUACCCACAUGACUUUCUGAAGUUCACACAACUUGUUUUAUGCUGUUUAUUAAAUUCAAGUGUGUUCGUAAUCCAAAGAAUUGCACGUACUUCAACUUAUUCAGAUUUGCAUAUCACAGCAAGAAUGAUUUUGAUUUGUAUCUAAUUCAUCAUUUGCCAUUGGAGUCGAUUAUUUCAUGAUAUUAUGGGUCGUUUAUUAACAAAUUUGCUUUUCUCGGUUACCAGUGUAUUGGCGAGUACUUCAAUUCAUACUUAAAUAUGCACAGCUGGUAAGAACUAACUAUUUCUACAUAUUCGAUUCCUGAUAUUUUUUGUUGUAUGUAUUUACUUUUAGGACACAAUAUUUCAAUAUUCGGUAGUAAAUCUUCUUCAGUGCCUCCUCUAAGGUUCGACAAAGUGUUCUGUUUUUGUUCUUUACGAAAGACUCGUGCAUGAAGCACCAGAGAGAAAUAUUUAUAAUUAUUCAACUAAUUAUAUCACUGGCAUUACUAUAAUAUAUUAUUCUACUGCUGUAUUUUCAAAUCAUAAUUUGUUGUCAUGUGC